AUGGGUCAAAGGGCACUUCACGAGAAUGGAAUUCAGACCCGUGUUUGGAGACACCUGGAUGAGGUGGGCGUUGAGACGGAGCGGACCCUAGUGCGCUUGCGCGGCGUCGUGGGCCGGGUUCCCCUGCAGCUCGGACUUGGUACGGCCGAGCGGUUGGUGCGGUCUGCAGCUGCAGCCCCGGGGCGCGCUUUUCAAAUCGUGGCUGACGUGCGCCGAAAUGGAGGGGCAGCUGCUGAGGGGCCUCGCCGCGCAGCAGGCUGCACCCGAGGAGGAGAGCGAGGACCGGGGCUGGAAGAGGACGCCGGGGCCCUUCCCACCUGCGGGUCCCCUUGCGGAGGAGGUGAUGCCCCGGGAGCCGGUGCCCGGUUUGCUCCCAGUGUCUUCGCAGCCUGCGCAGCUGGGUAUCUAAUGCAAGGUGCUGCUUACAGCGAUGUGGGCAAGCAUCAGACUGACUGCAGCAUCCGAGAGAAAAUAGACUUAGAGAUCCGAAUGCGAGAAGGAAUAUGGAAACUGCUCUCCCUGAGUAAAAAGAAAGACCAGGUUUUGCACGCAGUUAAGAACCUCAUGGUCUGCAAUGCUCGGAUGCAGGCGUACACGGCGGAGCUGCAGAAGUUAGAAGAGAGCGCAAGUCAAACCGGAAGACGGGAUGCAAGUUUCGAAACUAAAGAACAAGAACCCUGCAGAGGGAAGAUCGCUCUGUCAGAUAUUCGAAUACCGUUAAUGUGGAAAGACUCCGAUCACUUCGGUCAUAAGGAAUGCACACAGCGCUUUGCCAUCUUUUGCUUAUUCAGGAUGGGAACCCAAGUGUUUGACACUGACAUGAUGAUCGUGGACCAGACCGUCACAGAUAUAUGUUUUGAAAACGUCACCAUAUUCAAUGAAGCAGGACCAGACUUCCGCGUAAAGAUAGAGGUCUACAGCAGCAGCGCAGAGGAAUCUUCCAUAACCAACACCCCCAAAAAGCUAGCUAAAAAGCUGAAGACGUCCAUCAGCAAAGCUACGGGAAGGAAGAUAAGUGCCGUGCUGCAGGAGGAGGACCAGGAGGCGAGCCUGCUUGUCAGCUCCGUGGCGGGCGCAAAGUACCAUUUACUAGCUCACACCACCCUGACCUUGGAAAAUGCCGGAGACUGCUUCAAGACCCAUAACCUGUCUAUUCACGGUGACGAGGAGUGUUCCUUUUGGCUUCCCCUGUAUGGCAACCUAUGCUGUCGGCUAGUGGCCCAGCCAGCUUGCAUGGCUGAAGACACGUUUGCAGGAUUCCUUAAUGAGCAGCAAACAGGAAAAGGUUUGGUUGGCUGGAGAAGGUUGUACUGUGCUCUGAGAGGGGGUAAACUCCGCUGUUUUUAUGGUCCAGAAGAAAUUGAAGCCAAAGUGGAACCGACUCUGGUGAUUCCUGUUGACAAGGAAACCAGGAUCCAGGCCAUGGAAAAGGAUUCAAAGAAAAUGCACUGCUUCUCCGUCCUCACCACGGCUGCUGGGCGAGCGGUGAGUCACAUCUUUGCGGCUGACGGCCUAGGAGACUUUCAAGAGUGGAUGGACGCUUUCCGGCAGCACCGCUUUGAUCUCAGCCACUGGAAGCAUUGUUGUGAAGAACUUAUGAGAAUUGAGAUUAUGUCACCACGGAAACCACCUUUGUUCCUGGCAAAGGAGGCGACCUCAGUGUAUCACGAUAUGAGCAUCGAUUCACCUGUGAAACUCGAAAGUGUGACGGACAUAAUACAAAAAAAAAUCGGAGAGACCAAUGGACAGUUCCUCAUUGGUCGGGAGGAGGAAUCCACAACACCCCCGUGGGCCUCCGUGUUUGAUGGCAGCCAUGAGAUGGUCAUCCAGAAGAAAGUCUUGUCCCCAGCAGGCAAACCAGCCCCGGAUGGGAGAAGGAAAAAGAGACGCGCUCCCCUCCCUCCUACGGAUCAGCCUCCCUUCAGUGUAAAGACGCAGGGUAGCACGGGUCAGUCCAAGGACAGCAAAGCCCAGGUCGGUGUCUCUGGGGCCCCGUCUUCAGAUCGCAGACUGUCACCGCCUACGCAUCACCUCCAGAAUCCAGUGGCUGCCCCUCGCAAACUUCUCCCCACCAGGAAAAGCAGUUCAGAGGACAGCGGGCCCACAGAUGAUAAAACCAGUUUGGACGGGAAGCCAGUGCCAGCUCCAAGGCAGAAAUCCAUCAGAGACAUUCUGGACCCUCGAUCGUGGCUCCAAGCACAAGUGUAGGAAGCCUAUACUGUGUAAUCCAGCUGUAAGGCUCGGUCAGAGGCAUUGUGAGUGUAAUGUUAGGUAAUCGUAGAGGUAAAGACCAGAGCAGUUUCCGGAAGCCAUUAAUAAGUGGUUAGAUACAGAAAAGCACCUUUAAAUGGAGAAUUGGAUUUCCCCUUUACUUCUCCUUUCCAUAAUAUCAAUGAUUUCUCCCCACAGAACAAAAGAGGAAAUUUCUAGACAAUAUCUUACUCGUUGGAAGGGUUAAUUUAUUCCUAAUUUUGUAGCAGGCAGUAGACAGGCAGCAGGCAUUAGAAGCAUUGAUUUUUUUUUGGGGGGGGGGUGAGUAAAAUGUGUUCAAUACAAGCCACAUUCUCAUUGUGAGAACUUUAAUACUUAACGGAGUGCUUCAAAGGUUUUAUUCAAACCACAAAUUACAGAAUCCACCCAAGGAAAUGUGUCUGGUCAGCUUUCUGGGAUUCUCAUCUAACAGUCCUCUGGAUCUCUCCCCUCUGUUGUUUAACUUGAUGAUCUAUAGGGUUGACCUUUUUAAAUUCCUGGGAUACAUUUUCGAAUAUUAAACCCUUUAUCUUUAAAGGGAAUUUGUAAUCUGCUAUUCGAAGUCAUUUCCUUGAUGAGCCCUGAAAUCCUGUUGACUUCACCGCUUGCAGUGAGGCCCACGCUUCCUAGGGAGUGAAGUGGAUGUGAAAUGUCCCCCUUCGUCCUGCUUGCCAUGGGAUGCUAAUCUCCGUUGCGGCCUCUGGAAUUCAGGGAGACAAGUCGCUGACUAAUGCCUUAAAUUUUUACUUAAUACUUUAAAAGCAGAUGGCAGAUUCAAAAAAUUAUCAGGAAGGUUGACCGCAGUAAUUUUCAGAAUUAAUCCUUUUUCAAUUUUUUAAUUAGAUUUUCUUUUUUUUUUUUAUUUUGAGUAAGGGCUGAUGUCUGUUAUUGAUAUUGUCUGUUAAAAGUCAUAUUCAUUCAGUAAUCACAUUGGCGUCAUUUCCAUAGGAGGUAAUUUCCAUAGCAACUAAUCACAGUGACCCAAACAGGAUUAUAAAUUGAAUGGGGGGAUAAAUAGCAAGAGGAUGAAUAUCUUAAAGGACAAAAAGAAAAAUCCACUUUUUAUAAUAACCCCUUUUGUAAACAAGAGUAGCGGAACAGUUUUAAAAUGUCAUCAGAAUUUCCAAGCAAACUUCCCAGAGGGCAUUUGCACCAGUUCUGAAAAGUUCAGGACCUCCCUCGCCCUAACGGGUACCAUAAUCCAUCACGCUGAAGGAAUGAGUUCUGUC